AUGAACCAAAACCUUCAGGAGAAGCAUAUGCCGCUGGGUAUCCAUCGCAGCGGCAGCCGGCUUGCCGAGCUCAUGGUGGCGGAUACCCUCGUUGCUGCAGGCUCAGCAACUCUGAUUACACCAGCGGUGAUGAUCUUUGACAGACUCGUCGUCGAAAAAUCCUUCUACAACCAACCACUCUUUCCCGCAUUCCGCAGACAUCUCUGGUUCUCUAUCACCCAACCAGCCACAUUUCUAGUUUCGCGCCCUAGCCUGCUGGUCUGGGGCCUCUAUACAGCAACCUUUGCAACCGCCAACAUGUCCGAAACCCUCCUCAAUAAAGUCUAUCCCAAGAUCGACCAUGCCAUUGCCGGCAUGACCACAUUCGCAUCCACAUUCGUGGUCAACUCCUCCGUUGGCAUUUGGAAAGAUCACCACAACCGGACGCCAAACCACCACCUCCCCCAAAGAUGGUCCGCUCCAUUGGCCGCACCAGAAUCCCCCCUGGCCACAUACUCUGCAUUCCUUCUCCGAGAUGGCCUCACCAUCUUCGGAUCCUUCAGUCUCCCCGCAAUGGUCUCGGCUACUAUCCCGGACUCCAUUGCCUCGCAGGAAUAUCUCAAAAUCCUGAUCGCCCAACUCGCCAUCCCUGCCUCCAUCCAGCUUAUCAGUACCCCGAUCCACCUCUUCGGCCUGGACGUAUACAACCGGCCACAAGUGAUGCCUACAAAGGAACGUGUCGCACGGAUCAGCCGCGACUGGAUCGGCGCCUCCCUCCUUCGCAUGUGCCGAAUCAUCCCCGCGUUUGGAAUCGGAGGCUUCGUGAAUACCGAAGGCCGACUAUAUCUACAUGAACAGCUGGAUGAGCGUCGCACCCCAUCAUGA